GCCGCCCAGGCUCACAACCUGCGCAUCAAACCCGCGCCUCCGCCGGGCUGUGGGGCUGCCUGCGCUUGGGCCCCCAGCGCCACACGUUGCUGUGGGAACGGGACCUCAAGCCCUGAGACUACAGAAACCCGGGCAUGGAGCUGCCGGAUCCCGUCCGCCUGCGGCUGGGAAACUUCAGUCGGACCGUCUUUGGGGACUCAAACAGGACCGGCCCCGAGUACAGCGAAGGUCCGGAUAAUGAAAUGGUUUCCAGUUUGGCAUUGCAGAUGUCACUUUAUUUUAAUGCUUACUUUUUCCCACUUUGGUGGGUGAGCAGCAUUAUAAUGCUUCAAAUGAAGUAUCCAAUUUUGCCUGAUUACUACAAAUUCAUUGUGGUCACUGUUAUCAUCCUAAUAACCUUAAUUGAAGCAAUCAGGUUGUAUCUGGGUUACAUGGGUAACCUACAGGAAAAGGUUCCUGAGUUGGCUGGCUUUUGGCUUUUGAGCCUUCUAUUGCAGUUGCCUUUGAUUCUUUUCUUGCUCUUUAAUGAAGGCCUAAUGAAUCUGCCCUUGGAGAAAGCAGUGCACAUCAUCUUCACUAUGUUCCUUACUUUUCAAGUUGUUUCAGCAUUUCUUACCUUGAGGAAAAUGGUAAAUCAGUUGGCAACUCGUUUCCACCUCCAGGACUUUGACAGGCUCUCUGCAAACAGAGGAGGCAUGAGAACAAUGAGAUCCUGCAUAGAAGAGAUUUGACCCAGUGCUGUUUAGUGACACAUCUGAAAGAUCAUUCUAGAGCUGCAAGAGCUAGGAAAACAUCAGAGAUCCAACAUGAGAAAAAGGACAAAGCAAGUGUUUGGAAUUGUAAACUCUCUGGCAAUGAAAUGCCAAGGUUCAAGUUUCAAGGUGAAGGUUCAACCUUCAAGGUUCAAGGUUCAGACUGUACAUUACAGGAAAGCACUAAGUCAACCCUAAAGCCUAGAUGUUUCCCACCUGAUGCCAAAUAUCUUAAUUUUUCGGUUGUUGUUGACUUUCUCAGGUGUGUAGAAUUCUGUGUUGGUGGUUACAGUUUAUCAGCUUUACUGUAAUAUUUCUAGUUAGCAUCUAUAACAUUUCUAGUUAGAAAUGUGUAUAUUUCUUUUAAAUGUGUUAGCUUUCCAUGUCUUGGCAGUACAUCUGAAGCACAUGGAAAUGCUUAUCAAUAUUGUGGUGUAUUAGACUAUAUUUGUAAACCAAGACACCACAUUUUCAGGUCUACUAGGGUUAAAUCAUAACCCUAGCUCAGCUGUUAUCCUGAGGUUAAAAAGAAAACAAGUGGAUUAUCAUGGUACUUAGGAAAUAUUUUUAUCAUAAAAUUGUAACUUUUAUACAACCAUGUUCAGUAUUUAU